GAGGGCUGAGCCGCUCCAGACGGCGCCGCUCAGGCUCCCUGCUCCUGCUCCUCGCCCAGGGAGAUGUCCCAGCCCCGGGAGAGCAUCAGCAGCAUCAUCACUGCCUUCCACCGCCGCGGCAGGGCCGAGGGCAGCUGCAGCCCCCUCAGCAGGGAGCAGCUGAGGCAGCUCAUGGAGCAGGAGUUUGAGGAUGCAAUGCAGAGCCCCCAGGACCCCACCACUGUCACCAAGGUGCUCUGCUUCCUGGGGGAUGACAGCAGCAGCAGAGUUGACUUCAGAGAGGUUCUCAGCCUCGUGUUCCAAGUGGCCAAGGCCUGCUACAAGCCACAGCAGCAGCAGCAGCAGGCACUGGAAGAUGCCCAAGAGCCAACAGGGCAAGAGCGGGCAGGGGGGGAGCAGCUGCUGGGGCUGCACACGGUGGAGAGGUCCCCUCACAGCCUGCAGGUCCCGGAGCAGGGGGUGAGAAAGCAGCUCCAGGACACUGAGACACAGGGCCCAGAGACAGCAGAGCAGGACCCAGAGAGCCACCAGACCCAGGGGGCUGGGACAGCAGAGCAGGACCAGGACAUGUACCAGGAUGAUGGGAAUGAGGCACCAGAAGGGCAUCCAGAGGUAGGUGCAGUGCUGGACACUGCAGCCCCAGAGCAGGGCAGAGGUGAGCCUGAAGAGGCUGAGACACCCAAGCAGGAGCUCAAAAGCUCUGAGGCCCAGGAGGCACCAGGAGAGGCUUCAGAGCGCCCUGAGAGCCCCGAGGCAGAGGCAGCAGAGCAGGACCUGAAUGUCCCCCCCGAGACACAGGAGGGAGACCCAAACCACAAGCCCCAGGCCUGCAGGGGCCCUUGGCAGGACCCAGCCCUUGGCCAGCCCCAGCAGCAGGGCUCCAGCCCCCACCAGGCUGCCAAGCCCUGGGGGCCAUGCCCCAAGCCAGCUUUAAACCAGCUCCCUGAACCCAGGCUCCUGGAGCAGGGGCACAGCGAGGCAGAGGCUCCACCUCGUCCAGCUCAGCACCAAAGAGAUGCUCAGCACCAAAGAGAUGCUCAGCACCAAAGAGAUGCUCAGCACCAGAGGCAGCCUGUGCUGGAGCAGCAGCAGCUGCAGCCUCUGUGCCAGUGGCCACCCCAGCAGUGAAGCCUGGAAGGAGCCAAGAGAGGCUUCUGGUACCUUCUGCCCAGGCCCACUCUGGGUUUUGCUUUUCUCCCCCCCAAGUCUUGUCCCAUUGCUUUACCAGGCCCUGGCUGGUGCUGAGCUCUGCAUGCCCCCAGCCCCUCCUGCUCUCUGCCUGUGUCAGCAAAGCAA